AAGAAGUGAAUAUAACGGCACUAACCUAUAUUAACGUCCGUAGGAAAUGAAGCAAUCUUAUUGGCUGGGAAUCCAUCACCACAAUUUCCUGUCUUGUACGCGUACGUACAACUAUAUAUAUAUAUAUACAUACAUACAUACGUAUUCUUUAACCCCCUUCUAUUGACUCCAUUACUUCAUUAGCAAGUUUUGGGGCCCAUAUAAUCUCUUCAUCUUUUCUGAUUUCUUCCAGUUUCCCCCUAAAUUGCAUAAAAACUAGGGUUAUCCUUAACAAUUUGAACUUCUUUUGUAUCGGAAUCAAGAAAAGGACCCAUCAUUUUUUACUGUGUAUUUCACAUAUUCUUGGACCAAAUUGGAAGAAUUUUCUUGAUAUCCAGAAUGACAAUUUUGAGAAUUUUCAUAUUCUUGGUGCUGUUUACCGUCGCCAUUGGUAACGAAAAUCUCAACUCCCAUGUCUUUCCUAGGCCAUUAAUUAUCGAGUAUCCCGAAAAUAAUGAACCCCAGUAUUACAAGGAUGAUGAGGUUCAGUUGAAGUGUACGAGUUGGAGGUUUGCUGUUGAAGCUAAUAAUUUAAGCCCAUGGAAGACUGUUCCAGAGGAAUGUGCUCACUAUGUCAGGCAAUACAUUGUGGGUCCAGGUUAUAACAUGGACAUUGACAGGGUUUCUGAUGAAGCUGUAGCUUUUGCGAAUAGUGUGAAUUUGGGAGCUGAUGCAAAAGAUGUGUGGGUUUUCGAUGUUGAUGAAACCUUGCUUUCUAAUCUUCCCUAUUAUGCUGAUCAUGGUUAUGGAUUGGAGAUAUUUGAUAGUAUGGAAUUCGAUAAAUGGGUUGAGACGGGAAUGGCGCCAGCCUUAGGGUCCAGUUUGAAGCUUUAUCAAGAAGUUCUGAGUCUGGGAUUCAAAGUUUUCUUGCUAACUGGGCGCAGCGAAAGACACAGAAAUGUUACAGUGGAGAAUUUAAUGAAUGCUGGAUUUCACGAUUGGGACAAGCUCAUUCUGAGAGGCUCAGACGAUCAUGGCAAGACAGCAACAACCUAUAAAUCAGAGAGACGAAAUGAGAUGGUAGAAGAGGGGUUCCGAAUAGUGGGCAACUCAGGAGAUCAAUGGAGUGAUCUGCUAGGUUCCUCCAUGUCUAAUCGCUCAUUCAAGCUUCCAAAUCCCAUCUAUUACAUUCCCUAAAGUAAAAAUUGUAACUAGUCUUCUUUCAGUAGGUUGGGUAGCCCAUGCUGGUGCAACAUGCCAAUUAUAAAUGAUGGAACUGUAAUUCUUGUAAUCCCUUGAGUGGGAUUAUUGAUGAUUCAAUUAAUGUAUGCCAUAGCAGCAACAAUUGUGAAUAACCACCAUUUCCAUCUCUCUGAUUUUAAACCACUCUACUGUAUUGUUUUGUUUUA